ACUAGCGCGGCGGGUGUGGGGCGCUCGGGCCGGCCCGGUAGGCGGGCUAGCGAGACUGGGGAAGGGGCAACGUCCCGCCGCCCGAGUUUCUCCCUUUCCAGGGUGAGGAUGGUUUUACAAAACAACCCGGAGUUCUUUAGUUGAAAGGUGCGCUCUGUUGAAGCAAGGCGUUUUGAUUUGCUGUCUUUUUACAGCAUGGACACCAAAUUGUUAAAACCAUGCUUUGGGACUGCCAGUGAAUUUAUCUUUUGCGGUUUUACUACACACUUAGUAGUUCCCUUUUUUUUGAGUUAAUGUUUUGGAGUUAAUAUCACAAUGAGUUCGGGCUUAUGGAGCCAAGAAAAAGUUACUUCACCCUACUGGGAAGAGCGGAUUUUUUAUUUGCUUCUUCAAGAAUGCAGUGUUACAGACAAACAAACACAAAAACUCCUUAAAGUACCAAAGGGGAGUAUAGGACAGUAUAUCCAAGACCGUUCUGUGGGGCAUUCAAGGAUUCCUUCUACAAAAGGCAAGAAAAAUCAGAUUGGAUUAAAAAUUUUAGAGCAACCACAUGCAGUUCUGUUUGUUGAUGAAAAGGAUGUUGUAGAAAUAAAUGAAAAAUUCACAGAGUUACUUUUGGCAAUUACCAAUUGUGAAGAGAGGUUCAGCCUGUUUAAAAACAGAAACAGACUAAGUAAAGGCCUCCAAAUAGAUGUGGGCUGCCCUGUGAAAGUCCAGCUGAGAUCUGGGGAAGAAAAAUUUCCUGGAGUUGUACGCUUCAGAGGACCCUUAUUAGCAGAGAGGACAGUAUCGGGAAUAUUCUUUGGAGUAGAAUUACUGGAAGAAGGUCGUGGCCAAGGUUUCACUGAUGGGAUAUAUCAAGGGAAACAGCUUUUUCAGUGUGAUGAAGAUUGUGGAGUAUUUGUUGCAUUGGACAAGCUAGAACUCAUAGAAGAUGAUGACACUGGAUUGGAAAGUGAUUAUGCAGGUCCAGUGGACACAAUGCAAGUUGAACUUCCCCCUCUGCAAAUAAACUCCAGAGUUUCUUUGAAGCUUGGAGAAACUAUAGAAUCUGGAACAGUUAUAUUCUGUGAUGUUUUGCCAGGCAAAGAAAGCUUAGGAUAUUUUGUAGGUGUGGACAUGGAUAAUCCUAUUGGCAACUGGGAUGGAAGAUUUGAUGGAGUACAACUUUGUAGUUUUGCAAGUGUUGAAAGUACAAUUCUCUUGCAUAUCAAUGAUAUCAUCCCAGAUAGCAUUACACAGGAAAGGAGGCCUCCCAAACUAGCCUUUAUGUCAAGAGGUGUUGGGGACAAAGGUUCAUCCAGUCAUAAUAAACCAAAGGCUACAGGAUCUACCUCAGACCCUGGAAAUAGAAACAGAUCUGAAUUAUUUUAUACCUUAAAUGGGUCUUCUGUUGACUCACAACCACAAUCCAAAUCAAAAAAUUCAUGGUAUAUUGAUGAAGUUGCUGAAGACCCCGCAAAAUCGCUUACGGAGAUCUCUCCAGACUUUGGACACGCUUCACCACCACUGCAGCCUCCUUCCAUGAACUCACUAUCCAGCGAGAACAGAUUUCAUUCUUUACCAUUUAGUCUGACAAAGAUGCCCAACACCAAUGGAAGUAUUAGCCACAGUCCGCUCUCUCUGUCAGUUCAGUCUGUGAUGGGAGAGCUAAACAACGCACCUGUGCAGGAGAGUCCACCCUUGGCCGUAUCUUCUGGUAACUCACAUGGCCUGGAAGUGGGCUCGCUGGCCGAGGUUAAAGAGAAUCCUCCUUUCUAUGGGGUAAUCCGUUGGAUUGGUCAGCCGCCAGGACUCAAUGAAGUACUGGCUGGACUGGAACUGGAAGAUGAGUGUGCAGGCUGUACAGAUGGAACCUUUAGGGGUACUCGGUAUUUCACCUGUGCCCUGAAGAAGGCGCUGUUUGUUAAACUGAAGAGCUGCCGGCCGGACUCUAGGUUUGCGUCCCUGCAGCCAGUUUCCAAUCAGAUCGAACGCUGUAACUCUUUAGCAUUUGGAGGCUACUUAAGUGAAGUAGUAGAAGAAAAUACUCCACCAAAAAUGGAAAAAGAAGGUUUAGAGAUAAUGAUUGGAAAGAAGAAAGGUAUCCAGGGUCAUUACAAUUCUUGUUACUUAGACUCAACCUUAUUCUGCUUGUUUGCUUUUAGUUCGGUUCUGGACACUGUGUUACUUAGACCCAAAGAAAAGAAUGAUGUAGAAUAUUAUAGUGAAACUCAAGAGCUGCUGAGGACAGAAAUCGUUAAUCCUCUGAGAAUAUACGGAUACGUAUGUGCAACAAAGAUUAUGAAACUGAGGAAAAUACUUGAAAAAGUUGAGGCUGCAUCAGGAUUUACCUCUGAAGAAAAAGAUCCUGAAGAAUUCUUGAAUAUCCUGUUUCAUCAUAUUUUAAGGGUAGAACCAUUGUUAAAAAUAAGAUCAGCAGGUCAAAAAGUUCAAGAUUGUUACUUCUAUCAAAUUUUUAUGGAAAAAAAUGAGAAAGUUGGAGUUCCUACAAUUCAGCAAUUAUUAGAAUGGUCUUUUAUCAACAGCAACCUGAAAUUUGCUGAGGCACCAUCAUGUCUGAUUAUUCAGAUGCCUCGAUUUGGAAAAGACUUUAAACUAUUUAAAAAAAUUUUUCCUUCUCUGGAAUUAAAUAUAACAGAUUUACUUGAAGACACCCCUAGGCAGUGCCGGAUAUGUGGAGGGCUCGCAAUGUAUGAGUGUAGAGAAUGCUACGAUGACCCUGACAUCUCAGCUGGAAAAAUCAAGCAGUUUUGUAAAACCUGCAACACUCAAGUCCACCUUCAUCCCAAGAGGCUGAAUCAUAAAUAUAACCCAGUGUCACUUCCCAAAGAUUUACCUGACUGGGACUGGAGACACGGCUGCAUCCCCUGUCAGAAGAUGGAGUUAUUUGCUGUCCUCUGCAUAGAAACAAGCCACUAUGUCGCUUUUGUGAAGUACGGGAAAGAUGACUCUGCCUGGCUCUUCUUUGACAGCAUGGCUGAUCGGGAUGGUGGUCAGAAUGGCUUCAACAUUCCUCAGGUUACCCCAUGCCCAGAAGUAGGAGAGUACUUGAAAAUGUCUCUAGAAGAUCUGCAUUCCUUGGACUCCAGAAGAAUCCAAGGCUGUGCACGAAGACUUCUUUGUGAUGCAUACAUGUGCAUGUACCAGAGUCCAACGAUGAGUUUGUACAAAUAAACGGGGUCAUCUGGACAGGUGCAGAAACCCAACGCACAAUUUUAAUGUUGCAUUUCACUCGAGCUGGCAGAUUUGUUCAACGUCCAUUGCCGGCAAUGGAUGUCUUUGUGGUGAUGAUCCUUCAGAAGAGGAUUCCUGCGUUUAAAAACAAAUUGCUUUUGUGUUACUAAAGUAUUUAAUAAGAAGCAUUUUGCACUCUAGAAAGUAUGUUUGUGUUGGUUUUUUAAGAUGCCUAAAUGAAGUUAUUAAUACCUGAAGCUUUAAGUUAAGUGCGUUGAUCAUAAGAUAUUUUUGGAAGCAUAAAAUUUUAAUUGUGACAGUUUAAAACCUCUUUUAGUCCAUUGAGAAUGUAAAUAAAUGUGUCUUCUUUAUGGACCAAGGAUAUGAAAUCAUCUUUCCUUUGUAGCUGAUGGUUGCCUUGAGGAGGAUGUAUUUUGGUUUUAUUAAGAGUCUACUUUCAAUCCAGUUAUUAAAGUUGUACUGAGUUUGAUUUGUUAAUUCUUCCCUGUAUAGUGCUGAUUCCUGCAUGUCUGAAAUCUGCUGAGUUUCUGUGUUUCUGCAGUAGUGGUCAGAAAAGUAUUUAAAUUCCCUUAGUGGUGUUUUCUAUUUGUUCUGGUUUUGAGAUAAAUGAGUGAUUUUGUCAUAAAAUGUCUAUUUUUGAUGUAGUUUUCCUGGAGGAUUAGCGUAUACAGCAAUUGAAGCUCUACAUUCAUAGUAGUAACUGUCAGCUAACAGCUUUUUUUUUUAAGGCUCUCUUUUAUGCAACAGGGCACAGUAAGUUUUAUUAAAGCGUUGGGGUGAUAAAUAUAUUCCUACACAAAUGUAUAUGGUUCAUAAGAAAAUAAAUUUGGCAUAUAGAAUCACUCAUUAAAA